GGGGGGGCGGAUAGCUGAAGUGGUAACAGCUGUCCUUGGAGCCUCCAUUCGGUACCCAUCUUCGCUGAUUGACAUGGCCGUAGGUUCGACUCCUACACCCCUCACCAAAACAAUUACCACAAAUUAUCGUGGCAGCUGCAAGUGGGUGCUGCUGCCAAGGCUCGCGUGCUAGCGCAUUAUAUCUAGCUACCGUGGGGCUUUGCCCUAAGAACCGCACCAAUUCUCGGGAACCCUUUUAAAAACCAUCCGACCCGCCCACGGGACAGGACACCCGAGGCUAGCCUAGCUAGUGGUUAGUCCCUUAUGGGGCAAGACUGUGACGGCCAAUAAGUAGGCUGCGAUGCCGAUAUUGGUAACUGGAAGCUCAGAAGUGGUUGGAGAGUGGGCGGUAGUGGAGCAAUAGGAAAGAUAAGGAACUAUUGUAUCUAGCUUGAGAGGACAGAAGCGGCAGUCGGUUACUGUGGGUGCAUAUAUAAAUGUAUAGUAGCUUAAUGUGUAUCCCCCCAAUAUUCCUAGGGGGGGAAGAUUACACUUACCGCAAUGCGUGCAGCGAGUGCUACUGCAGAGGAUAGCCUCGUGAUGGGCCUGAUCGAGGACCUCAACGGCCAUCUGCAAGAGGCGGUCCACCAGCUCUCCGCGGAGCUGACGACUGCCAGAAACGUGAUCAAUACCCAACAGGGCCUCAUUACUACUCUCAACGCUAGGCUAGAGAGCCUUGAAACUUACGUGAACGCGCUACAAAGCCGUCAAAUCCUACCACUCGACCCCUUUGACACAACGCGUGAGGUUGCGGCGCACGGGCCACCGCCAAGAGCCGCUUCCACGGGAGGUUUAGCGUCCACCCCAAUACAGCUAGAUGCCGCGCCUGAGAGCCGCGCGAUAAACUCAACCGCACCUCAGCCGCAGCCGCGAUAUCAGAAUCCAACAAAGGCUACGAAACAAGCCGUACAGCCACCUGAGGGCCCCAAAAAAGUACCUGUAACCGCCGCGAAGACCACUAAACAGCCCGAAACUACCGCUAAGCCACUGACCAAGCCCGCACCUACGAAAUGGGCCGCUAUUGCCGCAAAUAAUACCCAAUCUGGAGGAUGGAAAACCGUCCAGUAUAAGAAACAGGCCUCAGCACCCUCUAAGGCUCUAUCGAUAACUGACUUGAAGCCUGUGAGUACCCGGAGCAAGGAGGAAAGACGCCUCAUCUUCAGACGACGAUAUCCUAAAGAUGCUCCGACCGCAUUGAAAGCUGAUGUUCUCUUGGCCCUUAACCGUGCCCUUGCAAAGGCAGGUUUUCCUGACUUUGUAAGAGCAGUCGAUUCUGGAUACGCGGCCUCAGGGGCCUUAACAGUGCUCCUAGAGCGAGGCACUCGCAGCAGCACCCUCGUGCCCGUCUACAACGAUACUCUACUAGCCGCUGUAAGGCAAACAGAUCCAGCAGUUAUUUCCGUGGAGAUUAGCGAACAGUGGCACCGUGUUAAGGUACAGGCAGUGCCUGUGGACCGCUACAUGUAUAAUGACCAAGGCCUAGCACUAGCCCAAGAAGAGAUUGAGCUGGGAACACCAUAUAGGCUUAAACGAGAGCCAACGUGGCUCAAGAGAGCCAAGACUAUACAGGCUAGCAACCAGAGAUUUGCCACGAUUGUGAUCACAGUAGGUUCUUUGGAGGAAGCUCGAACACUGAUCAAUAAAGGCAUCAAGUUUGGAGGCCGACACCAUCGAGUAGCCCCUUAUUGGGAGUCAAAUCCUGAGAGUAUCUGCCCUCGAUGCUGCGGAAUCGGCCACUCCAGCUUCAUGGCUUGCGGUGGCAGGCCUCCUAGAUACGCGAUCUGCGCAGGUGACCAUGAGGCGAUAGAGCACUCAUGUACAGUAGUGGAUUGUAGGGUUGGCCCAGCCAAACCUUGCCAACACACGGUGAUCAAGUGCGUCAACUGCGAAGGUGCACACGAGGCCACAUCUGCUAAGUGUCCUAGAGCUAGAGAGGCUCGUCAAAGGGCCGUCCGGAGAAUGAGGGAACGAUCCUUACAAGACCUCAUCCCAUCGGAUGAGACAUUCGCGGCUGUACCUGAAGGCCCCUGGGAACACGUAGAAGUGCCAAUGGGCCACGGACACGAGGUGUUUGACGCAGAACUAGUGGGAGUAGCCACAGCCCUUGAAUGGGCACUGGAGAGGCAACCUCUUGGUCCUAUCUGGGUGUUACUUGACGCACAGAAUGCUAUUGAUCGCCUCAGAUCGACAAGGCCAGGCCCUGGGCAAGCCCUUGUUCUUAGGGCUCACAAGGCAGCUGAGAAACUAGCCUUGAGAGGCCAGCCAGUCACAAUACAAUGGGUCCCAGGCCACUCAGGGAUUGAAGGGAAUGAGCAGGCUGAUCAAGCUGCUAAACGUGCAGCUAGUAAACAAACCGCGCCUGGUUUUGAGCACCUAUCUCUGGCGCACGUUAGAAGGGCUUGCACGGAAGCAAGGAGAGCUGCAGUAUCUGAAUGGGCCCAAAUCAAUGCUGUACAAGGCAGGCAUAGAGAUGGACGUGUCUACAAGAUGCCUCGAGGCUGGAACCUUGACCCAGUGGCAGGAAAAGCUCCAAAAAGAGUGGCUAGUGUGAUGGACGCUCAAGGCCCAGAAACAACUUCAUUUCUAAGCGUAGCAGUAUCGACGAAGAAAACUAAGUGUGAAGAAGAAGAAGAAAGGGGAAAACUGGCGCUGAGCCUUGAGGCUCUCCAAAUACACUCUGUCAUGGGAUGGAGGCCUUAUGGGGAAAGCGGUCUAAAAAGGCAGAAUUCUAGUCGUUACUACCAGUUAAAGACAGGACAUGCUCCAAUUGGCACCUAUCUAUACCGGAUAGGCCAACGGGAAUCGCCUGAGUGUCAGGCCUGCAAGGAACCUCAUGAGACAGUAAGGCAUGUACUCUUUGAGUGCCGUGGACGUCGUGCAGGACGAAGAACUCUCUAUCAAGCCCUCAAAAAAGCAGGCGUGCCACUGCCUACAGCGGCUGAGGAAGACCCCGAGGCUAGGCUAUUUGCUGAGCCUAGAGCGACGCAGGGUUUGCUGCAAUUCGUGGCUGAAGCCAACCUAUUCAAUGAUAAGGAGCGGACAGCCAGAGAGGCUAAGUCUAGUGAUGCGUGGGGGUGGGAUACGUUGGAGGAAGGUGGCCUAGGUGUCACAUUGGAGGAUGAAUAG